AUGGAUUGGCUUAAUGAUGAAAUAUCAUCAUUAAAUUAUCAGAUAAAAUCAAUCAAAAAUCAAGUUAUUCUUCUUUCUCAUACUCGAAGAAAACCUUCAACAGUAUUUCAACAAGAACCUACGAAUCCUAUAAAUACUACUUCAUCAUCUAGAAAAAAUAAAACUCAAACAACAAUUUCAUCAUCAUCAUCACCUUCUUCUUCGUCUACUUCGCGUCUCGUAAUAAGAACUCCAAAAAAUCAACGAAAUAUUUAUAUAAUAAAAUUACUUUCUACUGAACCAAUUUUUGAUGGAUAUCGAGAAGAUUUAAUUGAUAUAUAUGAAAUAAUCUUAACAACAACAAUUGAAUGUAUUGCUGUAGUUAUUGAAAAAAAUUCAACUGUUAAAAAUCUUUUUCUUAAAUUAUCUAAUGGAACUAUUGAUUCAUAUUAUAUGAAUAGAACUAUAUCAUUAAAAGAAACAUAUUGGAAACUAACUGAAUCUAUCGUAAAUUGGAAUAAUGCAAAUAAACAACUUGAAUAUUAUCGCCGAUUUAUUCCCGAUAAUAAAACAAAUGAAAUUAUGAUUAAUGAUCAACUUACAGCAAUACAAAAUCGUCCAAAAAUAGAUGCAUUUCAUUUCUUUGACAUGAUGGGACCUGUUCUUCGUAUUAAAUAUCAUGUUGAUUCAUCCAGUCUUUCCUGUAUAUUAGAACAAUUUUUUGAUGAUAUAUAUACUUGUGAUGGUCGAUUGAUCUACCCUCAUGAAUUACAACUAUUAUCCGGUGAAAAUAAUCUCUUUGUGUUUUAUGCUGUAAUGAUGGAUACAACAAUAGAUAAACAAAUAUAUCCUCUUGAAACAAAUAAUCGUAUAAGACAGGGAGAUCAAAUUUUUUAUCUUUUCAAUAAUCAUCCACAAUUUAGUUCAUUAUCAGCAUUAUCAUGUCCAGGUUGUGUUCAUCCGGAUCAACCUUAUCUAUUUAAUAAUCCAGAACAAGCUGAACAACAACAACAAGUUGAUAGUGGAGUUAUUGAAUCAUCACCUAUCAUUCAAAUUCAACAAAAUCUCUUAAUUAUAAAUAUACAAAAUUUUAUUGUUUAUGCUAUUGCUACAAGUCUAGGAUUAUAUGUCUUAUUUGCUAUUUUUCUAAAUCAUACGCAAAAAUCAACAACAUGUUUAACUAAAAAACAAUCAGUAUCAUCACGUCGAGGACGAUAA